GACAGGCUGAGUUUUUGUUCCCAGCAAUAGCCUUCUGGACAAAGGCUUGAUCACUACCCUUUGGCCGGACACAUUCCUCAUUGAGCAUGGCGAGGAGACCGGUCUUCGACUCGAUGAGUUUCAAGACAUCGGAGUUAUCGUCAUAGGUAAUCUCAUCUAGCGGAAUACCUUCUCUCUCGUACUCCUCUUGCACAGAUCGGAAAAUAUCUUCUGUAAAUUUGGAUUGCAACUUCUCGUUACAGUAGUUAAUACAGAGCUGCUCAUAUCGGUUCUUGACGAAUGAUUCAAAACCAAAGAUGUCAAGAAGACCAAUAAUACCAAACUCAGACAUAGUUCCAGACUUGUAGUUCAAUUCAGCAGCGGUGGCAUCAUUGAUAGCACGAACAAGCCACAAAAAUGCGCGCCCAUAAAUCUCCUUGGCGAAGGACUCGGUCGCUUCUUUGGCCUUCUCGGGAUUCAAUGGAACUUUGUAGGUUUCGUUCCUAGUCUUCAUCGUACGUUGAGUCAAUGCCGCUUCGAGAGUACCUGUCGGGAUGCACAUGAGCUCGCAAAGGUCAGAAAGUUCUUUUGUGGAAGCAACUUCAGAUUUAUCAUCGUCUCCUUUGAAGGUUAGAUUACCAAGUUGUAAGACCAUAAUAACGGCUUGAAUCAAAGUCAUCAAUUGAUCUUGCGAAACACCAAUUUUUUCGAGGGUUCGAACUGUGUUGACGAAGUGGUCAGCAUCUUUCAUGCCCUCGAUGGUAUCGGUAUCGGAACUCCCUACGAAUUUGAAAGAUUCGUUGGUGGUACCCGCAAGUUUGCUCCAAUAUUUGGUCUUUUCUUUGGCGGCAAUAAUUUGGUAGAAAAUGUGGUAUGUACGUUCCUUGGGAUCAUGCGUAAUGACACGAUUUUUUUCGAGCAAGUAUGCAUCGCACUUCGAACCUGCCAAAACGCAGGUUGCUUCCGUGCGAGAGCGGUACUCUUGCUGGGCUUUAUCUCCCAUAUCGAAUUGGAGUUGAAUAUACUUUCCGAAUCGACUAGAGUUAUCAUUUCUCGAGGUUUUCGCAUUACCGAAUGCUUCGAGCAAAGGGUUGGAAUCCAAGAUACGUUGCACGAUGGGCGACAUCUCAGUCCCUGACGCUUUUGGCCCUUGUUGGCAACUUGCCAUGUGGUUCAUACAGAUCUUGACAGUUUCGGUUUUUCCUGCACCAGACUCGCCCGACACAAGAAUAGAUUGGUCUCUUCCAUCAAACGCAAGUCCUUUGUAGCACAAGGAAGAUGUUUCGUACACGUGGGGUUCCACUGUACUGCGGGGAUCGCCUUCGGUGUUGUCCCAAACAAGAACGCGAGCGUAGCGAUUGCGCACUGCUUCGGUGUACAGUUCGGUAAACCACUGGAAAGGGUUCACAGCAAUAACGAUAUCACCAGUGCGUGUGUAUGGUUUGCCACUUCCGUGUCGUUCUUUCAAGUUGUAAAGAAGGCCGGCCUAUAAAUCCGUAAUAUUAAGGAAGAGGAAUCGAAAGUCUUAGGGUCAGUAUAUCAUUCACUCGAUGCUCUUGACUCGCAAACUAGUCGUUUUUGAAACAAAUAUAUCUUCAGAAAUCAAACAGCUAUCAAGAAUUCACAACAUAACGUACCUCGUGUAAGAAAGGCAGGUUCACCAUGUCAGGAUAAGACUGCAAGGCUCCGCUGGCAUUCACAUUUUGCAUCGGCAGGACUCCCCUGUUGUAUUCCUUCAGGGGCACUUCCUCUUCUUCGAAUCUCUUUGCGGAUAAUCCACCAUCACAAACGAAAGCCUGCUCAUUUGGAUAUUGAGGCACUCUGACUUGAGCAAAUUUGUCGUUCUGUCCUGUCUUGAUGGCGGGAACCCAGGCAUACUGAGAAUCACGAAUGAAAACGUAAGAUGAUU